CAAGAAGAGAGUAAGUCUUGUUAUUCUUAAAUCUACUGAAAUGAAAGAAUUUCAAUAAUAUUUUCGUUUGUAAUUAUUACAUAAGUUACACAUUUGUAAAAUUUAAUCGCUACAUAUUCAUAUGACAGGACUAAUGAAUGCAAAGGAAGAAUUAUCAACAGCAUCUAUUUUGCAUUCACCGUCACUAAUUGACAUAUGUCAUUUAGUAAAUUCUAAUGAUGUAGCUGUUGAACAUUACGACGAGGAAAAAGUUAUUAAAAUUAAUUUUAAAGAAGUAAAUGAUGUCCGAGAUAAUGUUUCGUUCCUGUUGCAAACGAUCGAUAAAUCAAACUUUAUUGGUAUAUGUCCUUCUAUUGAAGGAUUUUGCAUACCGUCUCUUAUACUGGGAAUCCUAUCAUGUGGACGGGGAUUUAUUAAUUUACCAGAGGUAGGAUAUAUGACUCUGUGUGAGCAGUUGGAAAUACAGUAUUUAUUUUCUUCAAUUCUUCUACCGGAAACUGAAAUCGAAGCAAAGCAAGAACUACAUGGAGUAGAGGUAUUCCUCCUACGAUUGAAUAAAAGGAUAUUUAAGACAGCAAAAAAUGAGAAUGACAUUCGAUACGCUUAUGCUGUGACGACAUCAGGAUCGUCAGGAGUGCCUAAAUUGGUCAAAGUACUGCAUGCAUCGAUAGUACCGAAUAUCUUAGAUUUGAAGAAACAUCUAAAAAUAUCAAAAAUGGACAAAAUUGCACAACUUACGAUCCUGACCUUUGAUCCAAGUAUCAUUGAAAUUUUCUUAAGCCUAUCUUCUGGGGCUACGCUUGCAACAGUUUCCCAGAAUCUGAAAAAUGACAGUAGUAGACUUCUAGAUGUGAUUUUCAAAAAUAAUGUGACCAUUCUGCAAUGCACGCCAUCAGUUUUAUUAAGUAGAUGGUCACUAAAUGAUCUGAAAAAGACAAUUCUUGGAAAAGAGAGUCACUUAAGAGUCUUGUUGCUCGGUGGAGAACCUUUUCCAAAAUUGGAAAUUCUGACAAAUGCCAAAGACAAUUGCAAUGAAACAAAACUGUUUAAUAUUUAUGGUAUAACGGAAGUAUCCUGUUGGUCAAGUAUAAAUGAAAUAGAAUUAGAGACGAAUGGUGAUAAAGUAAAUGUAUCGUACUUGGGAAAACCACUAACGGAGACAAUCUAUGAAGUCAGAACUGCUAGCGGAGAAGCUGUGAAUAAAGGACAAGGUCACCUGUAUAUAGGAAGUAAUUCUAGAAUCUGCGUGUUGGAAAAUGAAGAAGUAGAGAAUUUACAAAGGCCUGUCUUCAGGUUGUCCGGAGACCUCGUUACAAUUAAUGAACAAGGUGAUAUCUUUUACAAUGGAAGAAUUGACAGAGUAGUCAAGAGAUAUGGACAUAAAGUGGACCUUAAUGCCUUAGAAAAGACGGCUGAGGAAUUAAAUUUUGUGCAGCGCUGCGUAGCAUACUGGAACGAAGAUGCUCAUGCAUUAAUUCUUUGUGUGUCGUUAAUGAGUGAUUUACCAAAGCAAAGUACUUCAAAUUGCAUUAAUGACAUAUCAGUGCAUGUUCGAAAACUUCCAACGCAAUCAUGGCCUGACAAAAUUAAAAUAGUCAACGAGUUACAACUAACGACAAAUGGGAAAGUUUGUAAAGAGUCCAUAGUAAAAUUGAUUCAAGACUCAAAGACGAAGCAGGGAGGAAAAGCAGAAGCUGAAAUAAUUGAUAUAAAAGGGAUUUUUAAAAAUUUGUGGCUCGAUCUACUGAGUUCUCGCAACGGUGGGUUCGUUACCUUAGGAGGUACUUCUGUGAUAGCGCUUCAAAUGGCUAGAAAUUUUUCCUCUGAAACUGGCACGGAAUUUCCAGAAUUAAUAGGCAUGUUACUGAAGGAUAAAACUUUGGAUGAGUGCUAUGAGUAUGUAAAGAAUGUGGUGGUCUUAUCGGGUCCAUCUUUGACGCAGCAAGAAUCAAUGAUACAAAAACGUAAUUUUGAAGAUUUUCAAGAAGGAGAAUUUUCUAAUGUAACACAUCAAAGUAUUAAAGACAAGAAAAUUAAACAUGAAAGCAAACAGUACUUAUCGGCAAACAGCUCUAACGUAACAAACAUUCAAGCUAAUUAUUCUGUAUCGGACGAAAGAACGAAUGAUUCGUCACAGAAAAUGGAACAUUCUCAAGUUUUAUUAAAUGCCUGUGAAUGGCAGAAACGAAAGGGCAGGACAUAUGGAAGUAUAAAUAAAUCUUCAAGUAAAUAUGAUUUAACGAAGCAGAAAUUUUGCAUUGAAGUGAAGAGACGUCAUAAUCUCUUCAAAUGUGUGGAUGCUUCACCGACAAUUUUCCACAAUUUUAGCGGAGACACUUUUGUUACUGUUGGAUCCCACUCUGGUAUAAUUUUGACUACCCGAUUGGGACCAGAGAAGGAGUCAAAAUCGGACUUAUUUGAACCAAUCGAAUACAAAGUUACCCUACCAGACAGAAUUGAAGCCUCGAUUUUAGUCCUUGACGAUUUCAAAGGAGUCGUUGGAUGUUACGAUGGAUAUGUCUACUGUGUGCACUUAAAACUAAGUCACAUUAUUUGGAAAUUCAAGACAGGAGAGAUGGUCAAGUGCACAGCAAUAGCUUGUAAAGAACGGAAAAGAAUUUUUGUGGGAUCUUACGAUAAAUAUAUGUACUGCCUUUGUGCACAGACUGGAGAGAAUCUUUGGCGAGUCAAUGUUGGAAAAGGAAGUAUUUACUCGACGCCUCAUUUGCAUGACGGAUCAGAUUUAAUACUCUUCGGAACCUUGGAUGGCACUUGUGCAGCGGUGAAGAAAAACACAGGGAAAAUUAUUUGGCUAAAAAAUCUUGGGAAUCCCAUAUUUUCAUCUCCUGCUGUCCUACCCGAUAAGUGUGUUCUAUUUUGCACAGUCUCUGGUGAGCUGACUUGCUUCGACGUUGAAAUUGGUCACAAGAUGUGGUCAUUAAAGGUAAAUGGAACUGUGUUUGUUGACGUCGUUGUCCAUACCGAUCCAAUUAAGAGGCUUAGCAACAUUAUUUUAGCAACGAAAGGAAAUUCAUUCUAUCGAUGGGAAGUUAACGAGUCCAUUAAAAGUCCAUUGUUAAAAUACGAAGUACAUUUAAAUUCGCCAAUAUUUGCAACACCAUAUUGCGAUGAUUCAAAAGGUAUUAUAGUCGUCGCUGGUACAGAUGGUUUACUGUAUAUUUUAAAUUACUCCAAUGGCGAGAUAUUAAAAACUUUUCGCCUCGAUGGAGAUGUUUUCUCUUCGCCAGCUGUUCAUGCCGAUGAACUGAUUCUUGGAUGUCGAGAUGACAAUCUUUACAUUCUGACGCUUAAAUCCCAAAACUGAAUAUUUGAUAAUUAGAUACUAAAUCUGUAA